CCGCUUUGCGGGAGUCGUCGAGCUGGAGUUGGAACUGGAGUUCCAAGGGGCUGGGGCCCCGGCUGCCGGGCAGCGGCUUCUCCAGGCCGAGGCCCCGGCGGAGAAUGAGCCGGCGGCGGCGGCGGCGGGGUCCCAGAGGGGCGGCCGGGCCGCGAGCGUGCUGCGUUGGUUCACCACCGUGAUGGCGUUUGCCGCCUUCCUGGGGCUGGGAAUGAGUGUUGCUAUACUGGGACCCACGUUUCAAGAUUUGGCAACAAAUGUGAACCGAAAUAUCAGUAGUCUUUCUCUAAUUUUUGUGGGCCGUGCCAUUGGGUAUUUGACAGGUUCUGUGAUUGGUGGAGUUCUUUUUGACUUUAUGAAUCAUUUUUUACUUUUGGGGAUAUCACUGUUGGCUACCACAGCUGGUCUUUAUCUUGUUCCUUUUUGCAAGACAGCAGUAUUGCUGAUUGCCAUGAUGUCUGUCUUUGGUGUUUCACUUGGCUUUCUGGAUACAGGUGGUAAUGUCCUUAUCUUGGCUCUUUGGGGGGACGAAGGAGCCCCACAUAUGCAGGCCUUACACUUCAGUUUUGCCUUGGGUGCCUUUUUGGCGCCACUGCUGGCUAAAUUGGCAUUGGGCACAACAGUGCCUGCUGAAAACCACACAGAGUCUGACUUUCACCGUCCUCUCUGCAACCGAUCAUCUGAAGCUGACUCAGAAUGUCUAUUUGGAGCACCUGACGAUUUGAAUUUACUGUGGGCUUAUGCUGUUAUUGGUACUUACAUUUUGAUAGUUUCUAUCUUUCUUUUUAUUUUGUUUUUAAAGAGAAGCUCAAGGCAGGAAAAAGCAAAACUAUCUGUUCAGAUGUCCCGAAGAGCUAAAUAUCACAAUGCCCUUCUCUGUCUCCUUUUUCUGUUCUUCUUUUUUUAUGUUGGAGCUGAGGUAACAUAUGGCUCUUACAUUUUCUCAUUUGCAACCACCCAUGCUGGUAUGAAAGAAAGUGAAGCGGCUGGGUUGAACUCCAUCUUCUGGGGGACUUUUGCAGCCUGCAGAGGCCUGGCAAUCUUUUUUGCUACAUGUUUGCAGCCUGGAACCAUGAUUGUGUUGAGCAACAUUGGCAGCCUGGUGUCAUCUUUAUUUCUGGUGCUCUUUGACAAGAACCGAAUUUGUCUCUGGGCAGCAACUUCAGUGUAUGGGGCCUCAAUGGCAACCACGUUUCCCAGUGGAGUUUCUUGGAUUGAGCAGUACACAACCAUCCAUGGGAAAUCUGCAGCAUUUUUUGUAGUUGGUGCUGCCCUGGGAGAAAUGGCUAUUCCUGCCAUGAUUGGAAUUCUUCAAGGAAAACACCCUGAUUUGCCUGUAGUCCUGUAUACCUCUUUGGGGUCAUCAAUAGCCACUGCGAUUUUAUUUCCUGUGCUGUAUAAAUUAGCCACCGCACCUCUUGAUCGCCAGCGAAAAGGAAAGAGAAAGACUGAGGACCAGAAAGCUUUGCUUUCUAGCUCUGGGCUGAAUGACUAUGAGGAUGAGAACGAAGAGGAGGAUGCAGAAAAAUGGAAUGAAAUGGAUUUUGAAGUGAUUGAAAUGAAUGAUACAAUGAGGCAUUCUAUAACAGAGACAUCUAGAAAUGUUUUGAUGGAGCCCACAGCAGCUGAAGUCUCUAACCAAUUCCUCUCAAGUGCAUUGGUGUUUGAAUCCUCUGCAGCCAACACUGGCAACUCACUUGUGAACCACUUGCCAGAAACCAGGACAAAAGGGACUAACACUUAGAAAAGAUGGAUCACUUACUGACUUCCUUAAAUAAUCACUUCUGAAGAGUCCAGUAAGAGCAGAGCAUUACCAGAUUUUCAGCAUGCUUUGGGGAUCAAAAUUUUAGGUCCGAUUAUACAGCAAAUGCUAAAAAGUUUUGAAAUGUUCUGUAAUUCCAAGACUCUUCCAUAAAUAACCAAAUGGUCUCAGAUAGUAAGAUCUUGUUAUGAGGCUAGUGUUUGGCAUGUGGCUGAUCAGGUAAUAUUUUGUGGCCUUUACUCCUCAGAGCAUGCAAAGAAGGCAUUUGUUUUUGAGAAGUUGGGUACUGUUCUAAUAGAAUGAAACCAUGUAGGAGUUGAAUUGAUUUGCUGAACAAAGUAUCAGACAUCAGAAUUUUGCCAGGGAAGUUGAAGAGUAGUUUCAUGAAAGAGCAUUGGAAAUGACAGAUAAGUUUUACUAAUUGUUUUAUCUUAUCUGUAGGGUUGAACCAAAAAAUGCUACUGACUUAAUUGAUUUCUGUUAUCUGUGAAGAGAACAUAGGACAGGGCCCAAGCGACCUGGCCUCAAAGUUUGGUCUGCCUUCACUCUCUGUGCACAGUCACUUAAUGUAGGCCUCAUUUAUCUCAUCUUCUGAUCAUCUCUGAUUCUAGAAAUGCAAGUCAGAUGAUUUCCAAAUUGGGAAUCCAUACGUUUUGAAGUUUGUGCAAGACAUCUGCUAGAAAUUAAUGUUAAGUGCCAGCUCAUUCUUCAUUUCAAGUGAGAAAUGAAACAAAGAUGAUAAAUAGCUUUAAGAAUGGACUACUGAUUGUGAAUACAUGUCAAUUUAAUAUACUUGAUGUUUAAUACUUUAUUUGAAUAAUUAUCUGAAGGACACAUUUUUUAGUUCUAAGACAUAACCUUUUUUUCCCCCACAUUUUUAACAUCUCUGAAGUCAGGAUAUGUCUUACAGUUAAUAAUCAUUUAACAUUGUGACAAAGUUUAUUUGACAGACUUUUCCAUAUACAUACAUACAAUAAUGUUGCAUUUUACAAUCAGUGUCUUAGAUUCAGUGAAAUAUAGUAAUUCAUUCAGUUAUGGAGAUUAUUCUAUAUAGACAUUUUUAAAAGAAGAAUUAUUUUUAAAUGCUUAUUUUCUUUUUAUGUUCAAAUGGAAUUUGGAGACACUAUGUUCUGAUUUUAAAAGGUGUUUCAGAGUUGCUACAUUGGUAGUAGGGCUUUAGACGGGGUCUUUUUUUUUUUUUUUUUUUUUGAGGUCUUUGCCUCCCUCAGUAACAGAGACUGGUCUGAGUCCUGCUGUUCCAAGAUUUGAUCCUCACCAGGUUUGGAUGGUAAUCAUAUUGUAAGCAAUGUAAAUCAGGCUACAAGUUUAAUGUAAUGAGUCACAGUUUUUUCCAGUAAUUGGAAUACUUCUGUCACCCAUCCAGGGCUUCUCCUUCCUGAGUUUGAAAUACCUGGGAAAUCCAGAGUAAAGAUUAGAAGGUGGCGUGGUGGCUUAGGAGUCAGAGAUCAGAAAGAGUUCUUUAUGUGAUUAUAAAACUGGUGUGGGCUGUCCUUUGAUAAGUGACUAGCAUUGAUGACAGAGUUCGUUUUCUUCCUCCCAAGUUUUAUGCUGAAUAACAUAUAAUUUCUACCUGAUUGGAGUAUGUCUGCUUUCUCUUAUCUAAUUUCUAUAGAUUUGCCUUUGUUUUGUCUUAAGUGAAAUAUAGCACCUUAUAUGCCUGCCACAAUAUUGGUUCAUGUUAACAACCAACAACUUUAGAGAGGGCUGGAGGAGAAAUUAACAGUAAAAAGCCUCUUGCUCUUUUUUUUAACUAUACUUUUCCCUUAGCUAGAAAUUGAAAAUUACCUCUGCUCCAUCACUACUGCUUUUUCUCAGGUUAUUGGAAUUUAGGCAGUAGCAGUUAUUUGGCAGCUGGGAGGCUUGCUAGCACAGGAUUUCUACCUUCAGCACCUACUUUUAGAGGGUAGAAGAUACAGCUCAGGGAGAAAAGGAUGGUGAUAAGAACAUGGCAGAAAAUUCUGAAAUCCAUACUGCAUAAUUUACUAGGGUUCCAUAAACCAAAAUGUGAAUGUCCAUAUGAGAUCACAGGCAUUGUUAAAGUUUGGUCAUGUAUUUCCAUAUUGGAAGGAAAAGACAGUACAGUUCCAAGAGGUAGCAUUCAUCCUAAUGAUCAGUUCUUAGGUAAGUAUGUGCUGAUAUACGAGUAACCAGUACCCAAGUUUUCUAUUGCUGAGUAACAAAUUACCACAAAUUUAGCAGCUUAGAACAACAGACAUUUAUUAUCUCACAGUUUGUGUGGGUGCAGGUCUAGUGGGAAGAAUAAGGUCUCAGACAAUCACGCAAGGUGUUUCCAAGAAGGAUUUAUUUCCUAUUGUACUAGAAGUUAACAGGUGUCUGGGGUCAGAAAGUUUGUGAUAGAUACCUUAUCACAUGCCAUAAUAUAAUUUGUCAUGGCCUUUAAGGAAUGCCUGGUCUGACUGGGUCAUGACAGUAGACAGUGGUGCUGUCUCCAAGAGAAGAUUUGGGCCUCCCUUUUGUAUAUAGGAAGCAACUGAGGCUGGUGAGCUUGGUUGUCAGUUGGCGUUUGAACUAGGUUAAACUUGAGUUGGAUUUUUAUUUAGGUAUAAAUAGUUUUAUGUUUAAUGAUUUAAAAUUUUAUCAGAUUGAAAUUUUCACAGUUAAAAAGAACCCUAUUUUCCAGCAUUUUUUUUUUUUUUUUUUUUUGGUGUGGUUAUUUUAAUUUUGUCUUGUCUUCUAUUUCUGUCUUGUUUAUUUCUUUUAAUUUUUUCAGGGAAGAUUUGUUCUUACACUGUGUUUAUUAAAUCCUUGUAUAUUGUUUUUGUGUCUUCUAUUUGGCUUAGAUUUUAAAUUGCAGAAUGCAUGUACUAUCUGGUCUCUAAAUUUAUUGCAGCUUGCCUUUGAUUCAUUUAGUUGUGGGUUAGUGAAUAGCCUGUGGAAGUGUUUUGAAGUUGUUAAAUAACAUGAGUAGCGUAAGGGGUUGGGCUUUUUCAGCUUCUGAAGAACUUGUUGAGAUUAUAAGGUGCAUUUUUAAAACACGAUUUUAUUUUUAAUUGUGGUGAAAUGUACAAAACAAAAUUUACCUUUUAACCAUUCUUAAGUGUACAAUUUAGUGCACUAAUUGCAUCUAUGUUGUUGUGCAGCCGUCACUGCCAUCCAUCCACAGAACAUUUUUCAUCUUGCAAAAUGGAAAUUCUGUGCCGACUAAACAAUAAUUCUACAUUCUACCCACCCACCGGCUCCUGGCAAUCACCAUCCUACUUUCUUUGUCUAUGAAUUUGAUUACUCUAUCUCAUAUAAGUGGAAUCAUACACUACUUGUUCUUUUGUUACUAGCUUCUUUCACUUACUGUAAUUUUUAAAAAAUUUUUAUUUAUUGAAUCAAAAUUGAUUAUACAUAUUUUGAGGGUUGAACAUUGAGAUAUGUUGAUUAAAUCAAUAUUACUAGCUUAUAUAUUAUUACAAAUUGUAAUUAUUCUUUAUGCCCCUUGUCCAAUCUGUCCCCUUUCCCCAUUCCCUCCCCCCUCCCCCCUCUAAUUGCCCUCGAUUUCUUCUCUCCUUCUGAAAGAAUAAUGGUUACUCUGUUAAUUUGUUGCCUAGAUGAUCUGUCCAAUGCUGAGAUGUGAUCAGGUCCCCCAGUAUUAUCAUAGAGCAGAUGCUUCUUCUGUCACUCUGAAAUGAGUUUCAUGGAAAGAGACAUCCUCUUGUUUUCUUUGUCUCUGCUGGUGACUCUUCUUGUGUGAAUGCAAUCGAGUGGCUGGCAGACCAUCUGCGUGGUGGUUGUGGUGUCUAGCCACUUUUGUGGCAGCCAUGGUUAUUGUGGUGGUUGUGGUGGGCCACCCACGUGGAAGAGCUGUUUUUGGUAUGCUCCUUGGCACUGGCAGUAUGCCUAGUUGUGGGGUGUGUUUGGUCCCCUUUUCCAUGCCUCUGGUCCCUGGGCAGGCCCCAAGGCACUGGUGCCAUGUGCCUGGUUGUGGGAGGGGCGGCCAGUCCCCUUCUCUAUGUCCUGGGUCCCCAGGUGGGCCCCGAGGUGCGGUACUGAUGUGCCUGGUUGUGGGAGGAGGGUCUGGUUCCUGGCUCCAUGCUUUGGGUCACUGGGCGGGACCCAAGGUGCUGGCUUGGUGUGUCUUGUUGUGGGAGAGAAGUCCGGUCCCCUUCUCCAUUCUCUGGGUCCUUGGGUAGGCUCUGAGGUGCUGGCAUGUUGUGCCUGGUUAUGGGAGAGAGGUCUGAUCCCCUUCUUCAUGCCCUGGGUCCCUGGGUGGGCUCCGAGGGGCUGGCAUGUUGUGCCUGGUUGUGGGAGGGUGGUCCAGUCCCCUUCUCUGUGCCCUGGGUCCCUGGGUGGGCCCUGAGGUGCUGGCCUGGUGUGCCUGGUUGUGGGAGAGAGGUCCAUCCCCUUCUUUGUGCCUUGGGUCCCCGGGCUGGCCCCGAGGCACUGGCGCAGUUUGCCCGGAAGUGGGAGUGGGGUCCAGUCCCCGGAUCCAAGCCUCCAGUUCCCGGGCAGGCCCCAAGGUGCUGGUGGUGUGCCUGGGCUGGAACUAAUUUUUUGUCCUUUGCUUAUAACACGGGGGAGCUUCCUGUG